AUGUCUUCGAUCGAUUCCUCACCUUUGGUCAAUAGUGGCAGCCUAAGAGGUUUUGUCAAAUAUAUGGGUAUACUGGCGUCAAGCUCUGAAGCUCAGUUUGCAUCCGCCGUGCUUGGCGAGAUCACCCAACAGCGUGAGCGGAACCAUUUUCAAGAAGAAGAGCUGAAAAAACUUCGAAAGGAAAUUCUCGAGAUCAACGAAACAAAAAGAACCACGAUCGCGGAUAUGUUUAUUGCCAACGAGAACGAAAAGGCAAAACAGAGAGACUCCGCGACGCAAAUCGAGUCUCUUCGCGCUACUAUCGACGCAAAGGAAAAGAAUAUUGCCGCGUUUUCUAAGGAUCUCGGGGCCUCUAAGCAGAAAAUAGCAAAGUUGGAAUUGAAUCUCUCGCAGGAGCUCACUAAAGGCACAAAAUCUGCCGACGAAAUCAAUGUACUGCGAGAAAGUUUGAAAGAGAAGGAUAGGACGAUAGACCAAAUGAGGACUGCUGGAUCGAAAUUGAAAUCAAUGCUAUCAGCGGAAGAGAAAAAGACCAAAGACCUGGAAGGUGCUAAUACCUCGAUGGAUACAGAGCUGCAGGCAGUGAAGGCUCAUAUCCAGAGGCUGGAAGAGUUUCCUAUCCAGCCUUCGGCUAUUCUUGAGGAUUUCGUAGUCACGAAAUUUACAAGCCUGUGGACUUCUGCUAAAAGCGGGUUAUUCCCAUUGCUAGAGCAGGAUGUUCCAGAAGAUACUUUGAAGGAGAAGUCUAUCUGGGAGAAACUUAGGAAGGCGGACAGGAUACUCCUACCACCAAGCUUUCCUCUUAUACCUUCAAAUUCUUUGGCUGCUAAAGCUGUACGAUCUGCGUUGAUCCUGGCUGUUCUAUUCAGAGAGAUCGAUCGACGUAUAUUCAAACCGAGCUAUUUUCUCUCAGGGAGAAACAGUCUUCAUGAGGCUCUCAGUCAUCUAGCAGAGAAUAAUGGCGAGAAAGAAGCUUUUUGCCGUCGCAUACUUCUCUCUAUUGACCCGCACGCUGAAUACGUGGCCCUGAAAGCUGAGAUUCAAGCCGUGGUCCAGACAAUGUCUUCGUUUGUGGAAGGCCUAUUCCCUGAAGCGCAACACGAAUUGUUUCGUACAAAAACCAAAUCCAUAGUUCAGGACGCGGCCGAAUUUUGGCUUCCAAUUCAGCGAUCGCAACAGAAAUUCGAGAUAGAUUUCGAACCGUCUGAUCUCGACGACAAUGAAUGGGAUCGCUUUCCUCUCGCUGGUGAAAAUACAAAACCGGUGGCACAAGACAUUCAUGGCUUUUAUCUUCUCAAUGUCUUCCCGUGCAUCUCCUUGGUAGAAGACGGCGACCAUGAUCCAUUGACCAAGGUCAUUCAACUCCGUGAUUCCCAGGAAUUAUACUUGGCAGCGCAGAAUGAAGCUACUCAAGUAGCAACCUCUGCUAUUACCAGGAGGCCCCGCCCCAGGAGGCAAUCAACUGCAGGCUCAAAUAGGAGGCCUUUUUUAGCCCCUGGUAGCUCCGCCCGGAUUUCAAACCUCCCCCAUCCUCUUCAACCAAUCUUCACCGGCAUCCCUCACUACAUAGUCAUCCCGAUCCUGCAGCAGAACCGUGUUUACCUUCCUCGCGUGAAAUCAUUUUUCGUUUCGACCUGCGCCAAUCUUCAUCUUUUUCCAACUACACAGGCGGUUGAGUUUGAUGACAGGAUUCUGAUCUUUCGCGUCGAAGUACUGCCACCGAAGCCCUGGCCAAAGCGAAUUGCAGGUGUUCCGUGUUAUCUGACGGACAAUCCGAACGAUAAGGGCCCAGCCAUUCCCUUCCGCUAUCGAACUCGUUCGAAUAUCCAAAUCUCACAGGACCUUGAUCUUCGAAAUAAGAAUGACUCACUGAACCUCAUAUCCGAUCUAGUACGCCAGUUCUUUGAACAAGCUCGAAUCCCAAUCACUGAGAUUCAGGUGUGGGGCCAUAUCGUCGUCAUUGUUCUCGAAGAUCGAAUUGACCACGAUGAAAAUGCUAUGGAUAAAAUCUUGCGGUCUGUUCCCCGUUCUGUUGCCCGUUGCACCUUCUUGUACCUUUCAGAGCAUCACAUGGAUCGCCCCCGCACGCUGCCUGCUCAACGACUUCAAACCGCCUCUCCAUCGCGAUCUGACGGCUCCCAGUACGAUAUACUGAGACCAGGGGUGAUGGUCAGCUCCGGUAUAAAUCUCAAAGGAGAGUCAAUGCGUUCGUCCUCCGGUGUCCUAGUCAAAAAUAAUCUGGGCCAGAAAUUCAUGACUGUUGCUGCGCACGGGUUCCCUGCCGAUGCAACCGUUUACCAUCCUCAUGCCGGUGGCAGAACAAUCGGCAGACUUAUUAUGGAACUCACGCAUACGGACGUUGCCUUAGUUAAUCUCGAAGAUGGGGUGGAGUUUGUAAAUGAACCAUUUGAGAACACCCUAACGCCAGCAACUUCAUUCCGACUCCGAGAUUUCAUUCGGAUUGCAGAGACUCAGCAGCAUGAUCUGGUAUAUUUUGAUAGUCCCUUCUCCGGUCUUGCUGAAGGCGAGCGAAUGUCUAGAAACACCAUGCGGGUUCCAUCCGACGACCCCCAAGAGCCCCAGCAGAUAUGGGUUACGACACAAUGGAGCUACAUGGGACAAGAUUCGGCUGCUGAUAUGGUUGACAGUGUUUGUAGUUCUGCCAUUUGGAACGAUGACCAUAGAGUUCUCGGCUUUUUCCGUUAUGCCCCGGUUGAAGGUUUAUACAAAGAUUAUUGCCUGAGUGUUGCUGCAGAUCAUCUGAUCGACGGAGGAUACAGUGUGGUCUAG